AGCGAACGGGCGAGCGAGAAAUCCGGUGAAAAUCCGAGUCGGAGGGAGGCUGGACCGCGGAUCGGUUCCGAUCGGAUUAUUUCUUAAAGGGGACGCGCCAUUGUCAAGAGAACGGAGCCUGGGGCCCGAGGGCGGGGACCGGCGGCGCCUGAGGAGCGAGGCAGCGACGCUCCAACUGGGGACAGCCUUCUGCAUUCGUUGUUUGGCUUCAUCACAACUGCUCCUGCCCAGAGCGCCCACUGGAGUGCUGAGAAAGUCCUAGCUGUGGAUUGAGCAAGCUUCUAGAUGGAUCCUUUCCCGCCUCGCUGUCUUUUCUACAAACUUUGUGCCUCAUCAACCCUUUCUAAGUGAGCUGAAGCCAUUUAUUUGAAUCUUGGCUGAUUAACACCUAAAUGCUUAAUUCUCACAUCUACUCAAGAGCUGCAAGGUCAGGAUUAGACGACCCAAGUUACCACCGAGAAAUUACCGUCACAAGUGAUACGGAAACUGGUGUAGGCACCUUUCUGCGUGCGUGUGGAUCUAGCAAUGUAGAAGAGCUUCAAGAUGGACUUCCUAAAGAGAGUCGUUCCUCCCAUUCUUUCAGUAGAUGUAGGUUUGGAUACUAGAGAGAGUGUUCGGGAAGAUUCCCCAAGAUUACUUAAGGUGAAGCGUCUUAGUUUGGUUUCAUCAGAGAAGACAAUGAAUGAACAAAAUGGAAUCAGUGUUUAUCAUAGUCAUUAUGAAAAAUACCGACGUCAAGAACUAGCUUCAGCAACGGUCAGCAAAGUGAAUAAGUACUGUGCUGCUUCUAACUUUCAUUCCACUUGGGGAAGAAAGAAUAUCAUCAUGUCAAACAUUACAAUUGACCCAGAUGUCAAGCCUGGUGAAUAUGUCAUCAAGAGCCUCUUUGCAGAAUUUGCUGUUCAAGCUGAAAAGAAAAUUGAAGUUGUGAUGGCUGAACCCUUGGAGAAGUUGUUAUCCAGAUCUCUUCAGAGGGGUGAAGAUCUUCAGUUUGACCAGUUGAUAAGCUCCAUGAGCUCAGUAGCAGAGCACUGCCUCCCUUCCUUGCUCCGCACCUUGUUUGACUGGUACAGACGCCAAAAUGGAACUGAAGACGAGUCAUACGAAUACAGGCCUCGGUCGAGCACAAAGUCUAAGGGGGAUGAACAGCAACGUGAAAGAGAUUAUCUUCUUGAAAGGCGGGACUUAGCAGUAGAUUUCAUUUUCUGUUUAGUUUUAGUUGAAGUUCUAAAGCAGAUUCCCGUUCAUCCUGUACCUGAUCCCUUAGUUCAUGAAGUUCUGAACUUAGCUUUUAAGCACUUUAAACACAAGGAAGGAUAUUCAGGAACCAACACUGGGAAUGUGCAUAUUAUUGCAGAUUUAUAUGCAGAGGUGAUUGGGGUUCUUGCCCAAUCCAAGUUUCAGGCUGUUAGGAAGAAAUUUGUGACAGAAUUAAAAGAACUGCGACAAAAGGAACAAAGCCCACAUGUGGUACAAAGUGUAAUCAGCUUGAUAAUGGGAAUGAAGUUCUUCCGGGUGAAGAUGUAUCCUGUAGAAGAUUUUGAAGCAUCUUUUCAGUUUAUGCAGGAAUGUGCUCAGUAUUUCUUAGAAGUAAAGGAUAAAGAUAUAAAACAUGCACUUGCUGGUUUAUUUGUGGAGAUUCUUAUCCCUGUAGCUGCUGCUGUUAAAAAUGAAGUGAAUGUUCCUUGUUUGAAAAAUUUUGUGGAGAUGCUGUAUCAGACUACUUUUGAACUGAGCUCCAGAAAGAAGCAUUCACUGGCUUUAUAUCCGCUAAUUACCUGCCUUUUAUGCGUCAGUCAAAAGCAGUUUUUUUUAAAUAACUGGCAUAUUUUCCUACAAAACUGUUUGUCACAUUUAAAGAUGCCAUCUAACAACAGUAUCAGAAAACAGAUAGAAACACUCCAGAAUAAAGAUCCGAAAAUGUCUCGAGUUGCACUGGAAUCCUUGUAUAGAUUGUUGUGGGUUUAUGUAAUUAGAAUAAAAUGUGAAAGCAACACUGUAACUCAAAGUCGUCUUAUGAGCAUAGUGUCAGCACUUUUUCCAAAAGGCUCCCGAAGUGUGGUUCCUCGUGACACACCUCUCAACAUAUUUGUGAAGAUCAUUCAGUUCAUUGCUCAGGAACGUUUGGAUUUUGCAAUGAAAGAAAUCAUAUUUGAUCUUCUUAGUGUUGGAAAAUCAGCUAAAACUUUCACCAUUAAUCCAGAGAGAAUGAACAUAGGCCUUAGAGUCUUCCUCGUGAUAGCAGACAGUUUGCAGCAGAAAGAUGGGGAGCCACCCAUGCCAACCACGGGAGUUAUUCUGCCCUCAGGAAACACUCUCCGGGUCAAGAAAAUUUUUCUCAACAAAACCCUGACAGAUGAAGAAGCAAAAGUCAUCGGAAUGUCAGUUUACUACCCUCAAGUAAGGAAAGCAUUGGAUAGCAUCCUCCGACAUCUGGACAAAGAAGUUGGGAGACCAAUGUGUAUGACUAGUGUGCAGAUGUCUAACAAGGAACCUGAAGAUAUGAUUACGGGAGAAAGGAAACCCAAAAUUGAUUUGUUUAGAACUUGCAUUGCUGCUAUUCCAAGAUUGAUUCCUGAUGGUAUGAGCAGAACUGAUCUCAUUGAAUUAUUAGCAAGGCUCACAAUUCAUAUGGAUGAAGAACUGCGUGCUCUGGCUUUCAAUACUCUGCAGGCAUUAAUGCUUGAUUUUCCAGAUUGGCGGGAGGAUGUUCUUUCAGGAUUUGUUUAUUUUAUUGUUCGUGAAGUAACUGAUGUCCAUCCCACACUUCUUGACAAUGCUGUAAAGAUGUUGGUACAAUUAAUAAACCAGUGGAAACAAGCAGCCCAGAUGCAAAACAAAAAUCAGGACUCACAGCAUGGUGUAGCUAAUGGAGCUUCGCAUCCCCCUCUGGAAAGAAGCCUGUAUUCCAGUGUGUUCCAUGUGGUGGAAGGGUUUGCACUUGUCAUUCUCUGUAGCAGUCGACCUGCCACUAGGAGAUUAGCCGUCAGUGUCCUUAGAGAAGUGCGGGCUUUGUUUGCACUUUUGGAAAUACCUAAGGGUGAUGAUGAAUUAGCCAUAGAUGUGAUGGACAGACUGAGCCCAUCGAUUCUUGAGAGCUUCAUACAUCUCACGGGUGCCGAUCAGACUACUUUGCUAUAUUGCCCUAGCUCGAUAGAUUUACAGACAUUAGCCGAAUGGAACUCUUCUCCUAUCAGCCACCAAUUUGAUGUGAUCAGUCCAUCACACAUAUGGAUCUUUGCACAUGUAACCCAAGGGCAAGACCCAUGGAUUAUAAGUCUCUCCAGUUUUUUAAAGCAAGAAAAUCUUCCUAAACACUGUUCUACAGCUGUGAGCUAUGCUUGGAUGUUCGCGUACACAAGACUUCAGCUCUUAUCCCCACAGGUUGAUAUCAAUAGCCCCAUCAAUGCCAAGAAAGUCAACACCACCACCAGCAGCGACUCCUAUAUCGGCCUGUGGAGGAACUACCUGAUUCUGUGCUGCAGUGCAGCCACGUCGGCAUCCUCUUCCACAUCUGCUGGUUCUGUGCGGUGUUCCCCUCCUGAGACGCUGGCGUCUACCCCUGACAGCGGCUAUAGCAUUGAUUCUAAAAUUAUUGGCAUCCCAUCUGCUUCAUCCUUGUUUAAGCACAUAGUUCCAAUGAUGCGCUCUGAGAGCAUGGAAAUCACCGAAUCCCUUGUUCUAGGUCUUGGCAGGACCAACCCAGGAGCUUUUAGGGAACUAAUAGAGGAAUUGCAUCCCAUAAUUAAAGAAGCACUCGAAAGAAGGCCAGAGAACAUGAAACGGCGCAGGCGUCGAGAUGUUUUACGAGUACAGCUGGUACGAAUAUUUGAACUGUUGGCAGAUGCAGGUGUCAUUAGUCACAGUGCAAGUGGUGGCCUUGAUAAUGAAACACAUUUCCUCAACAACACUUUAUUGGAGUAUGUAGAUUUAACCAGACAACUCCUGGAAGCAGAGAAUGAAAAAGACUCUGACACACUGAAGGAUAUACGAUGCCAUUUUAGUGCCUUAGUGGCGAAUAUCAUUCAGAAUGUUCCAGUGCACCAGAGAAGAAGUAUCUUUCCUCAGCAGAGCCUUCGUCACAGUCUCUUCAUGCUGUUCAGUCACUGGGCGGGUCCUUUCAGCAUCAUGUUUACUCCCUUGGACAGAUACAGUGACAGAAAUAUGCAAAUUAAUAGACAUCAAUACUGUGCUUUAAAGGCUAUGUCUGCUGUACUGUGUUGUGGCCCUGUUGCAGAUAAUGUAGGACUUUCAUCAGAUGGCUAUUUGUACAAAUGGCUGGAUAACAUUUUGGACUCCCUGGACAAAAAGGUUCAUCAGUUGGGCUGUGAAGCAGUUACGUUACUGCUGGAGCUGAACCCAGAUCAGAGCAACCUGAUGUACUGGGCUGUGGACCGAUGUUACACGGGUUCCAAGAGGGUAGCCGCCGGCUGCUUUAAGGCCAUUGCUAAUGUUUUCCAGAACAGGGAUUAUCAGUGUGACACAGUGAUGCUCCUGAAUCUGAUCCUGUUUAAAGCAGCUGAUUCCUCCAGAAGUAUCUAUGAAGUUGCUAUGCAACUGUUACAGAUUCUGGAACCGAAGAUGUUUCGCUAUGCUCACAAACUGGAGGUUCAGAGAACAGACGGGGUGCUCAGCCAGUUGUCUCCUCUGCCACAUCUGUAUUCUGUGUCCUAUUAUCAGCUGUCCGAGGAACUUGCAAGGGCCUAUCCUGAACUGACUCUUGCCAUCUUCUCAGAGAUAAGCCAGAGAAUUCAGACAGCACACCCUGCUGGACGACAAGUAAUGCUGCACUACCUGUUACCUUGGAUGAACAACAUUGAGUUAGUGGAUUUAAAGCCUUUGCCCACAGCAAGGAGACAUGAUGAAGAUGAAGAGGAUUCAUUAAAAGACCGAGAAUUGAUGGUGACCAGCAGGCGCUGGCUACGAGGAGAGGGCUGGGGAUCCCCACAAGCCACUGCAAUGGUUUUAAACAAUCUGAUGUACAUGACAGCAAAGUAUGGUGAUGAACUGGCCUGGUCAGAAGUGGAAAAUGUGUGGACCACACUUGCGGAUGGCUGGCCAAAGAACUUGAAAAUCAUUUUGCACUUUUUGAUCAGCAUCUGUGGAGUGAACAGCGAACCAAGCCUCUUGCCUUACGUGAAGAAAGUUAUUGUGUAUUUAGGUAGAGACAAAACAAUGCAGUUGCUGGAAGAGCUGGUGAGUGAACUUCAGCUGACCGACGCUGUCAGUUCCGGGGUCACUCACAUGGAUAAUCCCCCAUACUAUCGCAUCACUUCCAGCUAUAAAAUCCCUUCCGUCACCUCAGGAACUACUUCCAGUAGCAAUACAAUGGUAGCUCCCCCAGAAGGCAAUCCCGACAGUAAGCCCGUAAAGGAGAACCUUGAGGAGAGCUACGUGCACCUGGACAUCUGCAGCGGCCUCACCAGCCACUUGAAUCGUCAACAUCACAGGCUGGAAUCGCGAUACAGCAGCAGCUCCGGAGGGUCUUAUGAAGAAGAGAAAAGUGAUUCAAUGCCACUUUAUUCUAAUUGGCGGCUGAAAGUGAUGGAGCAUAACCAAGGAGAGCCACUGCCCUUGCCGCCAGCUGGAGGCUGCUGGUCGCCACUGGUGGAUUACGUGCCCGAGACGUCGUCGCCUGGAUUGCCACUGCACAGGUGUAACAUAGCGGUGAUCCUUUUGACUGACCUGAUUAUUGAUCAUAGUGUCAAGGUGGAAUGGGGAAGCUACCUCCAUCUUCUUCUUCAUGCAAUUUUUAUAGGGUUUGACCAUUGCCACCCUGAGGUGUAUGAACAUUGUAAACGCCUGCUUCUGCACUUAUUAAUAGUGAUGGGACCCAACAGGAACAUCCGAACUGUUGCUUCUGUUCUUCUCAGGAACAAAGAGUUGAAUGAGCCCAGGGUGCUUACCGUCAAACAAGUUGCACACUUAGAUUAUACUUUCACAGCAGGCAUUAGUGAUUUUAUACCUGAUUACCAGCCCUCCCCUAUGACCGACUCAGGGCUUAGUUCAAGUUCUACCUCUUCUAGCAUCAGCUUAGGAAAUAACAGUGCUGCCAUGUCACAUCUGCACACCACCAUCCUCAGCGAGGUUGAUAUCUCAGGAGAGCAGGAUGGAAAAGUCAAAACCCUCAUGGAAUUCAUUACCUCAAGAAAAAGAGGGCCCCUUUGGAACCAUGAGGACGUUUCUGCCAAGAACCCCAGCAUCAAGAGUGCCGAGCAGCUAACCACAUUCUUAAAACAUGUGGUUUCUGUAUUUAAACAUUCAAGUGCAGAGGGAAUUCAUUUGGAGCGCCAUCUCAGUGAAGUUGCUCUGCAGACAGCACUUUCUUGUUCUUCUCGACACUAUGCUGGGAGAUCCUUUCAGAUCUUCAGGGCCCUGAAGCAGCCUCUUUCUGCAACAACACUUUCUGAUGUUCUCUCCAGACUGGUAGAAACUGUAGGAGACCCAGGGGAAGAGGCACAGGGAUUUGUGAUUGAGCUUCUUCUCACAUUGGAAUCUGCAAUUGAUACUUUGGCUGAAACCAUGAAGCAUUAUGACCUUCUUUCAGCCCUUUCUCAAACCUCAUACCAUGAUCCUGUAAUGGGAAAUAAGUAUGCAGCUAACAGGAAAAGCACUGGACAACUCAAUCUAAGCACAAGUCCCAUUAAUAGUGGCAGUUAUUUGGGAUACAACAGUAGUGCAAGAAGCAACUCUUUGAGACUUAGUUUAAUUGGUGACCGAAGAGGUGACCGACGGCGGAGUAACACACUGGAUAUCCUGGAUGGACGGAUUAACCAUAGCAGUAGCUUGGCAAGGACGAGAAGCCUUUCAUCUCUCCGAGAGAAGGGCAUGGAUGAUGUGCAGUCUGCUACUGAGCCUACCAACUUGAUGGCCACCAUUUUUUGGAUUGCAGCAUCAUUACUAGAAUCAGAUUAUGAAUAUGAAUACCUCCUGGCCCUCAGGCUUCUCAACAAACUGCUUAUCCAUUUGCCUUUGGAUAAAUCUGAGAGUCGAGAGAAGAUUGAAAAUGUACAAAGCAAAUUGAAAUGGAAUAAUUUCCCAGGCCUUCAACAGCUCUUCCUUAAAGGUUUUACCUCAGUAUCUACACAAGAAAUGACCGUGCACCUCCUCAGUAAACUCAUUUCUGUCUCCAAACACACAUUGGUGGAUCCUUCCCAGUUGUCAGGCUUUCCUCUUAACAUCCUUUGCUUAUUGCCUCAUUUAAUCCAGCAUUUUGACAGCCCAACUCAGUUUUGCAAAGAGACAGCUAGUCGAAUAGCAAAGGUUUGUGCAGAAGAAAAAUGCCCGCCGCUUGUCAAUCUGGCUCACAUGAUGAGUCUGUAUAGUACGCACACGUACUCUAGGGACUGCGCCAACUGGAUCAACGUGGUGUGCCGCUACCUGCACGACUCCUUCUCGGACACCACGUUCAGUCUCGUGACUUACCUUGCCGAGUUGUUAGAAAAAGGCCUCUCCAGCAUGCAGCAGUCACUUCUCCAGAUAAUCUACAGUCUGCUCAGCCACGUGGACUUGUCCACAGCCCCAGCCAAGCAGUUCAACCUGGAGGUCAUAAAGAUAAUUGGCAAAUACGUACAGAGCCCUUACUGGAAAGAAGCGCUUAACAUAUUAAAGUUGGUGGUGUCACGCUCUGCAAGUCUUGUUGUACCCAACGAUAUCCCCAAGACCUAUGGAGGAGAUAUGGGUUCUCCUGAAAUAUCCUUCACUAAAAUUUUUAAUAAUGUCUCUAAGGAGUUGCCUGGGAAGACCUUAGAUUUUCAUUUUGAUAUAUCUGAGACACCAAUUAUUGGAAAUAAAUAUGGUGAUCAGCACAGUGCGGCUGGAAGAAACGGGAAAGCGAAAGGCAUUGCAGUCACGAGAAGCACUUCCUCAACCUCUUCAGGUUCCAAUUCUAAUGCCUUAGUUCCUGUUAGCUGGAAAAGGCCCCAGCUGUCACAGCGAAGAACACGAGAAAAGCUAAUGAAUGUACUCUCUCUCCGUGGCCCAGAAUCUGGCCUUCCAAAGAACCCAUCUGUUGUAUUUUCUUCCAAUGAGGACUUGGAAGUCGGCGACCAACAGACCAGCCUAAUUUCUACAACAGAGGACAUUAUUCAAGAGGAGGAAGUAGCCGUGGAAGACAACAGCAGUGAGCAACAGUUUGGUGUCUUCAAGGAUUUUGACUUUUUAGAUGUUGAAUUGGAAGAUGCAGAGGGAGAAAGCAUGGAUAAUUUCAACUGGGGAGUUCGCCGGCGCUCCCUGGAUAGCAUUGACAAGGGAGACACACCCUCCCUGCAGGAGUACCAGUGUUCCAGCAGCACCCCCAGCCUCAACCUCACCAACCAGGAGGACACGGACGAGUCCUCGGAGGAAGAAGCCGCACUCACGGCCAGCCAGAUCCUCUCGCGCACACAGAUGUUAAACAAUGACUCUGCCACAGAGGAAGCUAUGCCAGACCACCCUGACCUGCUUCUGCAGUCACAAGACUCCACGGGCAGCACCACCGCCGAGGAAGUGCUUCAGAUCAGAGAUGAGACCCCAAGUUUGGAGGCUUCUCUAGAUAAUGCUAACAGCCAGCUGCCUGAGGAGACAAGUUCAGUGUUAAAGGAGGAACAUGUUACACCCUUCGAAGAUGAAGGGCCCUAUGUGAUUCAAGAGCCACAGGAUUCUCCUGUGUGUCAGGGAAUCCUUGACCUUGAAGAAAGAGGGACGCCAGAACUGCUGGCUCCCGAGAGCUACCCGGAGUCUGUGUGCGAGGAGGAUGUUACCUUAGCGCUGAAAGAGCUGGACGAGCGGUGUGAGGAAGAGGAGGCCGACUUCUCGGGACUGUCCAGUCAAGAUGAAGAAGAGCAAGAUGGCUUUCCGGAAGUACAGACCUCACCCCUGCCGACACCCUUCCUUUCUGCCAUCAUCGCUGCCUUCCAGCCCGUGGCCUACGAUGAUGAAGAGGAAGCCUGGCGCUGCCACGUCAAUCAGAUGCUAUCUGACAACGACGGGUCCUGUGCAGUGUUCACGUUUCACGUGUUUUCUAGGCUGUUCCAGACAAUUCGGAGAAAGUUUGGAGAGAUAACUGACAAGGCAGUCAGCUUUCUUGGUGAGAAUCUACAGCGGAUUGGUUCUAAAUUUAAAAGUUCACUGGACGUCAUGAUGAUGUGUUCCGAAUGCCCAACAGUGUUUGUGGACGCUGAAACGCUGAUGUCUUGUGAUCUGCUAGAAACACUCAAGUUCAGUGUGCUGGAGUUGCAAGAACACCUGGACACAUACAAUGCCAAAAGGGAGGCCGCGGAGCAGUGGUUAGACAAUUGUAAGAGGACAUUUGGUGCCAAAGAAGACAUAUAUAGGAUAAACACAGAUGCACAACAAAUGGAAAUUCUAGCAGAGCUGGAGCUCUGCCGGAGGCUGUACAAACUGCACUUUCAAUUGCUGCUUCUGUUCCAGGCCUACUGUAAACUCAUCAACCAAGUCAAUACAAUAAAAAACGAAGCCGAGGUCAUCAACAUGUCCGAGGCGCUUGCCCAGCUGGAAGGCAUCCUCAAAGACGCCGAGGCUGCAUCGGAACACGAGGAAAUUGACAUCUCCAAAGCGGCACAGACCACCAUAGAAACUGCCAUUCAUUCUUUAAUUGAAACUCUGAAAAAUAAGGAAUUCAUAUCCGCUGUGGCACAAGUCAAAGCUUUCAGAUCCCUGUGGCCCAACGACAUCUUUGGCGGCUGUGAAGACGACCCUGUGCAGACACUGCUGCACAUUUAUUUCCAUCACCAGACGCUGGGUCAGACCGGAAGCUUUGCCAUCAUCGGCUCCAACCUGGACCUGUCAGAAGCCAACUACAAACUGAUGGAACUAAACCUGGAAAUCAGAGAGUCUGUCCGCGUGGUGCAGUCCUACCAGCUUCUAGCCCAGGCCAAAGCACACAGGGGCAGGAUGGCGAGCACUGGCUUCUGAGCAACUUCAGGCCUCUGGGGAAAGAAAGCUGAAGAUGACGAGGAACGUUAGCCAAGCACCUUUUAGGAACCCUCGCGAUUCAUCAGUCCUUUAUUUUUGGCGGCAUCUACAGUUAUAGUACUAAAUCAAGCUGUAGGAAAAACAAAGGUCUGAACGGGAGGAAAAAACCUUAAGAGCUGCCAGAACUUCCUGCAGUAACUGUGGAGAAGGAAUUUUUUUCAUUGAACCUUACGUGAAAAGAAAAGGGCUAAAAGUGAUGCAUACGAACAACAUUACCUUCUGAAGAAAGAGAAUCCCAAGAACAUUUGCAAUAACGGCCUCUACAUACCGAGACAUCGGGAAGCAGGGGACGGAAGGCUGCAAGCAGGCCGGCUCGCUGGCGCCCAAGCCCUGCCACGCUGCUGGGUUUCCAGCGGUCAGCGCCUCUCCCACGUGAACAUCCAGAGAGAUGUCCACACACACUGACCUGUUGGCAAAAACCAUUGAUUUUUAUUUUUAUUUUUUUUUGUCACUGUGGGGGCUGAGGGUCUAGGGUGGUGUUGUGUUGUGGGGUCUGUCUAAGGAAUUACGUGUGUGUGUGAGUUGGGGUGUAUGGAUAUGUGAUAGUCAUAUUUUCAGGGUGUGGAUGUCUGGUGAUAACCGUCUCAGAGCAUGCCUAAAAGAGCACUGCAAGAUUAUUUUUGAAGAAAUUUUUAUUUUAUUAGCUCUAACUCUUACUAGUGUGUAAAUGUUAGAACAUUUUAAUAAUAUUUUAAAACUGGGCUUUCCCGGUAUUUCAAAAAGAAAUAAUAUAUCUGUUAACGUUAUUGGAAUGCUGCUCAGUUCUCUGACCAGUGCUUACGUCACGAUUGUUGAUUACUAACCAAAGUAGAUGCCUGCAGAGACUUUAAAAUGUAAAAUAAAGAUGUAUGCUGCCCGUCAGCUCUUCACUAGAAAAAGUUAACUUAUUUUAUAUUUUACUCCAUAAUUAUAGAAACUGUAUAGACUAAAAUCAGUAUUUUCUUGUACAUUUGUGCCAUGCACUGUUAUACAAGAAUAGGUGUACAAAGCUAAGGAAAGAAAAAAAACUGUGGUCCUUGACAGUAGAAUAUAGGACUUGCAGGCUCAGUGCCUGCAGAAUUCAAGAAGAGAUGCAAAGGCAUUUUUUUACAUGUUGAUUCAGGACUCCCGUGUCUCACCCGAAAGGAACCUGGGGCUGUGGGGAAGACGAAAGCAAGCCUGAAGACUGACCACCAACACAUGCAAUAUUCUUACCCACUGUCUAAGUCUGCAGCAGAACAUGAACUGGAUUCUCUGUCCUUUUUUAAAUAGCGUUUUGUAAAAGAAAUGAAUGUAGUCCCCCAACUCCUCUGCUUUGAAGGAACACCUUGUAUUUUUUAUAUGCAUCUCUUAUCCACUGUGACUUUCCUUUUAAACGGGGCUCUGGGGUUCCAGGGUUUAGAAUGUAGAAAUGAAAUGGAAUUAUGCUCAAGUGCAUUCGCGGGAGGCACUGUGCACGCCGCUGGACUGCCGACCAGUUACGCUCCCUGUAAAAUCCCGACUGGACUCGGCACAUUCGUAAUCACUGUAUUUUUUUGACCCUGAUAAAAAAAAAAAUUAUUUUGAUGGUGUUCUGGUACUGUAAAUGGUGUCCUUAAAUUAUUUAAUAACUCUGGGGUCUGGGGCAGGAACGGAAGGAUGGUGUCCGGAGACACACCACACUUCACAUCUUCUCUUACUCUCCCCUAUUUUCUCACCCUCCUUACAUCCUUUUUGUUAAAAAUAAAAAGCAUUGUAGCUG